GCGUGUGUUGGUUAGGUUCUUCGUUAGUCAAUUCCUUCUUUUCUCGGAUGWAUGGUGCUUUACAACUCGAGCUUCUUGGGUUUCUCCCAGGUAAAGUCUGGAUCCUCCCGUCCAAAGUGCCCGUAGGCAGCCGUCUUGCGGAAGAUGGGGCGGCGGAGGUUAAGGUCACGGAUGAUGCCUCCGGGACGCAAGUCAAAGUUCUUUUCGACAAUGGCCGUCAGAUCGGCGUCCGUCUUGCCCUCGGCCACGGUCCCGUAGGUAUCCACAAAGACCGACAGAGGCCGGUUGAUCCCGAUCGCGUACGACAGCUGUACCAAAGCGCGCUUGCAAAGUCCGGCGGCCACCAGGGACUUGGCAACCCAGCGGCCCGCGUAAGCCGCGGAUCGGUCGACCUUAGUGGUGUCCUUUCCGGAAAAGGCUCCACCCCCAUGGGCUCCCCAGCCCCCGUAGGUGUCUACGAUGAUCUUGCGCCCCGUAAGGCCAGCGUCUCCAUGGGGUCCACCGAUGACGAAUCUUCCCGACGGGUUAAGAUGGUAGACAGUUUUUUCAUCGAGAUAUUUUUCGGGGAUGACCGUCUUGACAACGUGCUCCAUGAGGUCGCUAGCAAUCUGUUCCUGGGUAACGUCUUCCGAGUGCUGACAGGAAAUAACGACCGUGUGGACGCGUUGUGGGACUGGGACGCCCUUCUCGUCGAGCUUAUAUUCACAGGUGACCUGCGUUUUAGCAUCGGGCCGGACCCAGUCRCAGACUCCGUUCUUGCGGACCUCCGUGAUCUUGGAUCCAAGCUGCGUAGCGAGCAUGUGCGUGAGGGGCAUGAGGGUUUCCGUCUCGUCCGUAGCGUAGCCAAACAUGAUACCCUGGUCACCAGCUCCGAGGUCCUCCAUGUUCUGGGCGUCGACAGAUUGGGCAAUAUCCGGGGAUUGUUCCUCGAUAGCCACUAUGACGUUGCAGGUCUUGUAGUCAAAUCCUUUGGCGGGGUCGUCAUAGCCAAUGUCCUUGACGGCGUCGCGGAUAACCUGUUCGUAGUUGACGGUGGCGGAAGUCGUAAUUUCUCCAAAGAUCAUGACCAUUCCCGUCUUGCAGCAGGUCUCGCAGGCUACACGGGAGGCUUCGUCUCCGGCGAGGCAGGCGUCGAGUACAGCAUCCGAGACCUGAUCGGACAGCUUGUCUGAGAUUUUUGUUUUGGUAUUUCGUAUGUAUUCGCCAUUGUGUAUUACACAAUGCA